AUGGCUUUCAUCAUUUUACUCUUCAAACCUAUCACACCAUCAAUCUGGUAUGAUGAUCCACCUAGCCAGGACCAAGACCUCGUUCAAAAUUCAGUGACAUUUAAAUGUAACACAGGAUACGCCUAUCCUUCACCCAACUUCACAUGGUAUUAUAGUAAGACAGGUGAAUCACGUCAAAUAUGGCCCACAACAGCAUUUGUAACAGGGAAAAAUGGAGAUUGUACUGAUUCUGAGAAAAUAUAUACAUCUACAUUAACUCUGUCAAGAUUCACAGCGUUUACUGAUAAUACAGAUACCACUGUGAAGUUCCAGUGUGGUGCCAUAUCAGUUACUGGGAGAGAAGAUCAUUUUUUUACACCUGCGUCUGUUAAUGUUAGAUUUGCAGUACGAGUUUUAACAGUGACAUUAAAAGAUGGAAAUUCAGUUCCAUCAAAUUCAUUAGAAGUUACCAAUGGGGAACCUCAUACAUUGACAUGUACAUCAAGUGUCAGCAGACCAACGGCAACUAUCAUCUGGUAUUUUGGAGGUCAGGAACAGAAAAGAGAAACAACCAAUACUUCUAGCUUUACAUUCACGCCAGAAUAUACGGAUAAUCAGAAUCAAGUUUACUGUAAAGCAUUCAACAUACAAUCUGAAAGCCAAGCUGUGUCUUCAAACAUAGUGUCACUUUAUGUGAAAGUAAAGGUAGCUAAUGUAACACUUAAGGAUGGCAACACAAUAUCAUCAGGAACGCAAGAAGUAACAAAUGGAGUAUCUAAAACAUUGACAUGUACAGCAAGUGAAAGCAGACCUACAGCCACUAUAAUCUGGUAUAUAGGAGACGAUGAAAAGAAAAGAGAGAAUGUUACACUGUCUACAUUAACGUUUACCCCAGUUAUCUCCGACCAUAAAAAACAAGUUUAUUGUAAAACUUCACAGUCAGGAAAUCAAGAUGUGUUUUCAAACAGAAUCACUCUUUCUGUAAAAGUAUUAUCUACCACUCCUACAAUCACAGAUCUAACAACAGAAAAGUUAGAAGGAGAUCAAAUAAAAUAUCAGUGUACUUCCUCUCAAACACGACCUGUUGCUAUAGUAACAUGGAAGCUGGGUAUUCAAACACUGACUGAUGUAAAGAAUACAACAAAUAGUCAUGAGAAUGAUUUUAAAUCUGUUACAAGUAUUGUAACAUUUACAGCAAACAGAACUGAUAACAACAAAACAGUUUACUGUGAAACUACAAUACCUGGUCAAAUUAAUUUAGUGAAGGCUCAAGAAAAGAUAACGGUGUAUUGGCCACCAUCGUCACCUGUUAUAUCAACAAGCAGUUUUCCAUUUCUAGAAGGUCAUACAGGAAAGAGUAUUUAUUGUUUCUCAUCUGGUUAUGGUAAUCCUACAGCUACAGCAACGUGGGCCACACAAUAUGGAACACCUGAUAGUGCUGAUACAAGAAAACUAAAGUUACCUUAACUAACGUUUCAAGUUGAUAGAAGUCCAGUAAAAUGUCAGUUGAAGAAUUCAUUUACGCAGAAGAAAGGUCUUCAGAUCAAGUCCAAACAAGUGCUUUUACAAGUUGAAUAUUCUCCAAACGUACAAAUUAUGGCAAAUGGGAAACAAGUAACUACCAUAACGACAAAUGAAGGUGAAACGCUGUCUGUUACAUGUAAUGCCACCGGAAAUCCAACACCAGCAGUAAGUUGGAUGGGACAACAGUCUAGUGGCACUACUUUGUCAUUUGAUGAUAUAGAUAGAACAGACCAUGGUAACUACACAUGUAGGGCUACAGCAACAUCAACUCAUUAUCCCAGUCAUAAUUUUGGUACAGAAGAAACAUUGGCUGUCGUUGUUAACUGUAAGGCAACGGGAUAUACUUGUAACAACUGUCCUAAUACAUGUUCAUGUAGUAAUAUUCAGGCAGUGAUUGUAGGAAUAGUACUUGGAAUAAUCAACGUGGUAGUCGUGGCAUAUGCUGGUUAUGUUACAAUAUUACUGAAACGAAAAAAUGGAAACACAGCAGAAAAUACAUUUGUCCAGCCGGCUAAACUCGCUGUGCCUUUAUAUACAAAUAUGGUGUUCUCAACAAAUGAUGGUGAGGGCACACAACAGGGAACAGAUCCAGAUGAAUCCGGAGAGUCUCAAUAUACGUCACUGAAGACCGAACUAAAAGACGAUAGACAAACAUAUGACCAAUUGAAAGUGUAGCAAUUAAAUGAGAGAAAAAUUAAAGAAAAAAUAAAAUCAUGA